AUGGGCCCGUCAGCCGACACUAGUGCGCUGCCCUAUUCUCGGUGGACGGAGCUGAACUGCAUCGUGUGUAUAGUGGCUGCCGGCUUCGCGUUUGUGGCAGGCGUCAUUCUCUUUGUGCAUUACUUCUUCUGCCCCUUUUCGAACAUACUUCGCAGUGCAUUUAACGAUGUGUUCGUCGCUGUCGUGGUGGUGCAGGCAUUGCAGGCGCUUCAGUUGUUCGUGUUUUCUCUAAUGACAGUUGUGGAGGGCCGCCGCACCGCACAUGACAUCAGUGAAUGGGGCGGCGGUGGUACCUCGUCGCGUGGCAUGACGUAUGCAAUGUGUAACACGAACGCGUCACUUCACCAGUUUCUCGAUGCGUCAACACAGCUUCUGCAGACGGCUUUCUUCUUGGUUGUGGCCAAUAGCCGCCGCCUCACGUCGUUGGAGGAACUCGACGUGAGCGACGAUGAACGCGUCGUCCGCACGGGUGCGAGUGGGUUCCACGAAAGUGUGCUACUGGACGAUGAACGCGCGUAUAGCAGUAGUGGUCGGAGUUCUGCGUCGACGGCAGCGCGUCCAUGUGGUGCUGGUGACACUCAACCUAAGCGUCAUAAUAGGGAUAGCCAAGUGCAGCAGGAUCCGUCUUUGUGUUGCAGCUGUCUCUAUUCUUUGAAGAGACUCUGUAGGGGUGUCUUUCCCUGCUGCUGCUGCUGGGCCACUAAGUGGCGCGUUGCUACUACGUCUUUGUCUGCCCUUCACGGGCCGUUAGUGCCACCCAUCGUUGAAGAAGAUGUAGCUGUGGAAAGUGGACGCCACACCUUGCUGCGCGUCACGUGGAAAGUGUACCUUGCUGCCUUGCUGUACGCCUCUUGUUCACUGCUGCUGUGCUGGUUGGUGCUUGCCUACGUGCCAGGCCUCGUGGUGGCGCCGCGCGGUGGGGCAGAUCAUGGAGACAGCAGUAGUAGUGGCAGUUAUAGUAGUGGUAGUAUUAAUAAUGACGUGGAGCCACGCCGAACAGUGCACAACACAUUGUUCUUUACGCAGGAGUUUGCAUGGUGCUGGAUUCCAAGUGGAGACACCUUAUCCCCACCGGUGUCACCACAAGAGAAAACAAUCCUUGUACUACUUCAAGUGGUCGCGGCGUACGCAUCACCUGUGGUAUUUUUCUUUAGCGCUACCUACGCUUACCUCGCGUUGCGGCGCUGCUCCCCUUCUUUAUUGCGUGAUCACCCUAUUGUCCUCUGGCGUAUCUCCGUCUUCUGUGUCUAUCCGACUGUUGUAUACAUUCUUGGGGCACUGGAGCGUUUCGUGGUUAUGCCAGUUUCCUUUUCCACCAGUGCCACCACUAACACCGCCAAUUAUCACGACGGCGGCAGUGAUGUGUGUAUGUGGCUCUCAGUGGUGGUGUCUUUUAUGUACCCUUUCACUGCAGUUGUGAAUGUCGUGCUUUUCGUCUAUACUGAGGAGUUGCUGCGUGGGAUCUUGGCUACUUGCUGUAGCCGCUGCGGCAACAGCAACGCAGAGGGUAACACGGAUCAUGACUCCUUCGACUGCAGUAGCAACGUGGCCCAGGACCGCGUCAUCUCGGACGGAGGUGACAGCAACAGCGUGAUUGCAACGACAGGGUUUUGCGGUGUUGUAAAGGCCAUUGCGUGCUCCACUGUAACGGGGCUUCCACCUGGUGCGGCGACGUACAUUUUUGCCUCCAGGCCCGUUGCGCUGGGGCCAAGCAGCCACCACAACAGAAGCGCCGCCAGUGGUCCCCUGUCGUCGUACCUGCAGCUGUCGACAUCUGCGCGCACUGGGGCAAGCAACAUCACCUCGAAUGCGCGUGUCGAUCAGCUUCCCACCAGCUCGCGUUGA